AUGUCCAGUGAGGAAAAUCUCAGUCUUGCGAGUUGGGAUCUUCCCCGUCGGCAGACCAACGGCUCCCCGUAUCCCGGGAACGUUCCGAUCACAGCGAGCGACCCCCCCCCGCCCUUUCUUCCCCACCCCACUGGGUGUACCGAGAGAAUUGUCCGCCGCAUGAGUCGCCCACCGCUUUCCUCCCACCGCCGCAACGAACCAUGGCGAGCGAACGAGCGUCACUACUGCGCCGUCUGCAACGUAUGGAUGGGAUCGGAUCGUCCCAGUAUCGCCCUGCACGAAAACGGUCGCAAACAUCGGGAGCAAGUGGAACUUUCCCUCACGCAACGGCGGGAUGCCAAAGCACAACAGGAUCAAGCCGCCGCCCGGGUGCAACAGAGUGUGCGACAAAUGGAAGCCGCCGCCACGCAGGCACUCUACACGCAGGAUCUGGCACGUUACGCCACACAGUCGAGCUACGACGCGUCGUCCAACGUGCGACCGGUGACGGCGUUGUGCAGGGGGAAUCUUGCCCCGUCCGCGCCCGGGCCCUCCGCCGUUCCACUGCCGACUCCUUCUGUGGUACAGUCUGCUGGGCCGCUACCGACACAGCAAGAAUGGGAGUCUCGGAAACAGCAGCGACAAGAAGAAAAAGCCCGCCACCAGAAACGCAAGCAGCAGGAGCACAACGACGACAGUGACGGUAGUAACGAGGCAAAUCCAACAGUAGCCGUCACGUCCAAACGGCAACGCGUUAUUGCUACGGACGAAGGGCAUUACAGUUGGGAUGGCGGACAAACAGUCUACCUGGAAGGCGUCGUCUUUGGCGAACUACUGGAGGCCGACAUGCCGGUACAAUUGUGGACCGGCAGCGCGACGGCCAACGCGGCGGAACAGCGCCUACCCGAACGUGCCGGCUUUUGGCGAAACGCGUUGGUCGUACGCGUUCGUCCCCGACCACUGUCGACCUCGGAAGCCGCACGGAUUGUGACGGACGUGGCGUACCUCGCGGCACCCAACGAUGUUGACGAAACCAUCGAAACAGCCGUCCCUUUGAAUAGAUUACGAAUCAUUUUGGGAGCCGACGAAAGCAUCCCGAAUACCUUGGAAGAAGCCCGCUUGGUAGCUUUGGGAGGAGAAACCAUCGUGCCUUGUACUUCGGAACCAAGCACGGUGGACGAAACCACCGGUCUAUCGUCCUGGUCCACGGUGGCCAUCAAGCGCACAACGGUCCACAACGAACUCCGUGAAGAGCGGGAGCGACUACGACAACAACGACAACAGGCGGCUACGGCGGCGGAAAAGGCGCGCAAGGAAACCGAAGCACGAAAAAUGGAAGAAGCCAAAGUCUCCAACGCGGACGAUUCGGCUCUCGGCGCGUACGACGUCUGGAGUCGCGGCAAUCGCGACGGCUACAAAGGCGUCGAUAUUCACGGAGAAGCCAAGGUGGAGGUGCACGAACUGGGGAAAAAGUUGGCGGAUGGCAAAGCCAAGGUAGGAUUCAAGAAGAGCGCUUUUCGAUCCAAAACAAAAAAGCAAAACGUACGGACAACUUCGGCGGACGAUGACUGA